CCUGCGCCGCCGCGCUGCCCCGUGACGUCACGACGCCCGCGCCGCCGCCGUCGCCGCCGCUGUCGCACGAGGCUUGCCCUAGUAACCUGGGCAAUAGCUGUGGAUAUUCACAGGAAUUGUCUUCAGUCAUGGCUUUGGGAUUAAAGUGCUUCCGCUUGAUGCAUCCUGCCUUUUGCAAUUACCUUGCAGCCUUGACCAGACCUGUUUCAAAUAUUACACUGAAGACAGUGAGUGGAAGACAACAUGACCAUAAGCAACACAUGGCCUAUCCAGCUGUACUAGUUCGCCACUUUGCAACCAAGAAAGCCAAAGCUAAAGGAAAAGGACUGUCCCAAACCAGAGUGAAUAUUAACAUAACCUUGGUUGAGGAUAUAAUAAACUUGGAAGAGGUGGAUGAAGAAAUGAAAUCUGUGAUAGAAGCACUUAAGGAUAAUUUCAAUAAGACUCUCAAUAUAAGGACCUCACCAGGAUCCCUUGAUCAUAUUACUGUGGUAACUACAGAUGGGAAGCUUGCUUUAAACCAGAUCAGCCAGAUCUCCAUGAAGUCGCCACAGUUGAUUUUGGUGAAUAUGGCCAGCUUCCCAGAGUGUACAGCUGCAGCUAUCAAGGCUAUAAGAGAAAGUGGAAUGAAUCUGAACCCAGAAGUGGAAGGGACACUAAUUCGGGUACCCAUUCCCAUAGUAACCAGGGAGCACAGGGAAAUGCUGGUGAAACUGGCCAAACAGAACACCAACAAGGCCAAGGACUCUUUACGGAGGGUUCGCACCAAUGCCAUGAAUAAGCUGAAGAAAUCAAAAGACAAGACUUCGGAAGAUACCAUUAGGCUCAUAGAGAAGCAGAACUGUGAGGAAAAGUUCAGUGAUGAGCCCAAUCAUGUUGCUGGUACAUGGAAGAAAGGGCAUCCAGAGACAGGCAGGCUGAUCACAGAGCCUACCUGCUAAUGCUCUCUUCUCUGGUUUUCUGGUUGCUGAGAAAUCAGCCAAAUGGCCGAUGACACAGUUGCAGAGCUAGACAAGCAUCUGGCAGUGAAGACCAAAGAACUCCUUGGAUGAAAGUCUGUCAGAGCCCAACCACACAACAGCCAGUUUCUGGUGGAUCCCAUGGGGGCAAAUUGGCACUUCCCACCCCAGUCUCCAUCCACGUGGAAGUCUGUCACUGUGCUGUCAGUGCAGGGAAGGCUCUGCCUUCCAGUGGGAUACUCAGAUCUGCUCAUUCUCUUCCACCUUCCUCCUGCUCACCCCAUUCUACUCUGAGCCUUCUGGCCUGGUUAGCCCUCAGAGAACAUCUACUGAUGGCAGAGCGUCUUUACUUGGGCAUUUGCCUUGACCAUGAUGUCUCCAAGGGAUGGGGAUCAUUAACAGGCUUUGAACUGCCUGCUCCUCAUCUCAGGAGCCUCAUUUUUCAAACAGUCAAUCAAGCCCUGUUUCUAAUUUUAAACUCUGUUCAGACUGAUGUGGGCCUUCUGAUGUGACUGAACCCCUUUGCUAGAGGCCCAUUUCCACUAAAUAAAAAAAUUAUAAAAAAUCGGAAAGAAUAACAGUUACAAAGGAAAGGACAUAGUUGGUUGGGGUGGAUGAUCUCUAAGUACCUAUAUUUAAAGCAACCAAGAACAGCUUUUGCCUCUGGAUCAACUUCAUGCAUGCUCCAUUCUCUGCCUGGAUCAUUUUUCUACUCCUCAUCAACAGGCCAGGCCUGUUUACUUUUCUUAUCAUGUCAUCUGGGAAUCCUUCCUUUACCCCCUAACCUAAAACCCUCACUGUUGGCUCUCAGUUCAAUCUAAUGCUUUUAUUUGUACCCAAACUAUGAUUAUUAUUAUUUUGCCAGUUAGUCUGUGUCUUGGCAUAAUACCCUGAACAUAGAAGGCAUUCAUAUUUUUGCAUUGUAAGUUGCACAUAGUAGCUACCUAAUAAAUGCUGGUUUCUUCUGUGAUGUAA